UGUAAAUGAUGUAAAUAUAUUUAUAUGAUAUUUAUAUUACUUUAUAUCGUAUCCGUAUUUAUGAACAAAAAACACAUUGCCUAUUAUUAUCCAGAUAGUUUUCAUAGUUUUAAAACAAUGUGAAACAACUGAUUGCCCCAACAAAUGGCAUUGUUUCCUGCUUAUGGAUUAAAUGAAGAAGAAUCUGCACGUACAGAAACUUCUGAAGGUUUAGUGUGGUUGGAAAACUCAAGCUUUAAAGCUGAUGUCAAUGUUUUGAAAAAAUCAGAGACUCUACAAGCUGACGAUGAGAGGGAAGAUAAAGUAUCUCUACACAGAAAAAAACAAAAGAAAAAAGAGAAGAAAAAUAAAAAAAACAAGGCCAAAGAAACUAUUCAACUGCUAGAUGACGCUCUACCUAAUGAUCUUUUCUUAAUAGAUAAAAAAAGAAACAAAGAAUAUCUUUCAUCGUCUGUACAAAGAAUAGCAAGGCCUUCAGCUCCAAAAUAUAUUCUCCGAUACAAGUCACACCAAAUGUCUAAUAAAAAUUAUAAAAAGAAAAUUGUAAGAUAUUUUCAUCAUGUGUGUGACGAAUUACAUAAGAUAGCAAAUGAUAAAAGCAACAGUAGUGAGAAUGUUGAAUUUGAAGGAUACAAAGAAGAACAAGAUUUAACCCAAACCACUGCAUUUUAUAAUCGCAGUUUAAGUGAUAAUCCUCAUGAUAUAAAUAUGUGGUUAAAAUAUGUUCGUUUUCAAGACAUUGUAAAUCAUUUUGAAAAGGCAUAUCGUAAGGGAAGCAUAGCAAAAGGUUCCAGAGUAUUGGCCGAAAGAAAAUUAAUAAUUUUAGAUAAAGCAUUGAUUCAAAAUCCUAACUGUGAGGCAUUAUUACGAGAGAGGUUAAAUAUUGCUGCAAGUGUUUUUCCUGCAGAUGAAUUGUACCUUCAAAUGGAAAAACUAAUUGAAAAGGAACCACAGAAUAUUAUUCUUUGGCAAGGUUAUAUAGAGUCAUUACAAUGUUCCAUGUCUCAUUGUAAUAUUUCUGCUGUACUAAAGUUGUAUGCUAAAUGUUUAUCCACAUUACAUCAUUUACGACGUAAUUCAUUAGUUGAGAAAACAGUUUUAGAAGAAAAUAUUCUUCGGAUGUUAUACCAGUGUGGAUUAUUUUUGAAACAAAGUGGUUUAUUUGAACAGCUUUGGUUAUUGUUAAGUCUCUAUUUGGAAUUAAAUUUAAGUCCUGAAGACAAGGGAAAGUUCAAUAUUUCAUCAAACAUUAAUGAGAAAGAAUUGGAAGAAUUAGAAAAUGCAGUUUUAUCUUCCCAACUACCGAUUCAUGAACUUUGGUUGCGGAUUGAAAAACUUCGUGAAUCUUGCCAUUGGUUGCCUUCAAAAGACGAGAAUUGUGAAGAUCCUCAAAGGAUCGUUUUUGCUGAAGAUGUUUCUGAGUUUAUACACCCAAUUACAAUGCCUGGAAAUACAUUCAAACUUACAGCUAUAGUUUUAACUCUUUUGAAAGUACCGUUACUUCCUUGUAGACAUUCCACUAUACAGGAAUUGGGUUUGGAUUAUGUCCCAUGGUCGCUUGAUUCUAUUGAAAUGCUACUUCCAUUAUUUUAUCCUAUGUAUGGUGUUAACUUUAAAAAUAAAUAUUUGUUAAAGGACACACAAAAGCUUGCCAUUGGUCCCCAGUAUUCAAGAACAUUACCUGGGCAGGAGGAAUAUUUAGAGUUUGUUUUAAAUGUAAUGAGAAAUUGUAUGGAUUGUUUAAAAGAAUAUGAAAAAGUAGCCAUGGCUCUCUGGUGGUUUAGACUUCAAAGAUUGCUUAUAAUAUUAGAUAAAGAAGGAAGGUUCAAAAUGACUCACGGGUUUAGAAAAAGAAUUAAGAAUGCUAUCAAAAAUUUUAUUAAAAAAGAAGUAAAUAGAAAUAAUUUAUUAUUUUACCAAGAAUAUGCUCUCUUCGAAUCAGAAUGGGGAACUAAUGAUGAUGCAAUUGGUAUAUUAUUAACGGCUCUUUCUUCGAAAAACAAUGAUCAUCUAUUAGAUUCUAUUCAAGACACAGAAGAACAAAGGCAUGUCUGUCGAUUGUAUCGAACGAUUAUAGAAUUAACAUUAUCAAAUGAGAAGGAACCUGAACAUGUAAAUAAAGUCGUAUUGGACUACUUAGUCCACAUGUGUCUAGGAAAAUCUGCUAAUAGUUUAUCAGAAACUGAUAUAAGUGAUGCCGCUAUUAAAUUAAAGCACGCCUAUUUGCAGUUAUUACAGAAAGUACAAAUGCAGGAAGAGGGCAAUUUUGGUAUUAUUGAUCAUUUUCUCCCAAAUUUUUUCAUUGAUAUUGUCAUUUGCUACAGUUGGUUUAUUUAUUUUAAAGAAGGUAUAGUAAAUUGUGGCGCUUUCUUAGAAGAAACCCUUUCAACAUUGGAAAAGUCUGGUAGUAACUUAUGGUUACGUGAAGUUUUAUUUGAAUUUUAUGCGGCAAUCCUUUAUCGGCAUUUGUUGUUGCAUUUAGGAUCUGUGAAUUUCAAACUACUUGAGGAACUGUUGCAAAGAGGAAUUGAAAGUUACCCCAACAAUUUAUUUUUGUUGGCGGCAUUUUCAAAAGUGCAGAGUUUAAAUUGUUGCAUAGGGCAACCGUUGUUUAAAACUUCAAAGAUUUUAUUAAAUACUGGAAGGGCUCUUUCGUCAAUUAUUUUAGUAUUGAUAACUCAACAAAAAAUUGCCGAAAUUGAAGCUUCCUGUACAAACACAUUUACAGGUCAGAGCCCCAUAUUAGAAGACAUCUACAAAAAUAAAAUGCUAUCAAUUUUUAAACGUUUGACGCUAUCCUCAAUGUGCACCAGAAGAUGUGGUUUGGUAUGGAGACUUUACCUUCAGUUCUUGUAUUCACAUUUUACUCCUGAUCUUGUGCGAAACGCUUACUACGCAGCAGUAGAGGAAUGUCCUUGGCUUAAGGUACGUUUUCACUUUUUUAGAUAAAUCAUAUGACUUUUUACUGA